AUGUGCACUGUUUCUUGCAGUUUCCUGCCAUUUCUUGUAAGUGGUGGAGGGAGGGGUGAGCAGUGUGGAGGAGACAGCAGCUCAAGUCUGAUAAACAUCAGACUGACUAACUGUUUUGCUGGGAUAUGGAGGAUUCGUGCCUGACUUAUUUCUAUAUGAAUAAUUGAAUUAAUGAAUUCAUUCAGAAAUGUUUCAUGCUUUACUUUACAGUCUAACCGUUUGUAGGUGUGGUUUUCUGCAUGGAGUCAUCUGACAGAGUAGAAGCAGCAGAAAGACUGAAGACUCUGAGACUCUUCACCAGUGCCUGCACUCUGUGACCCCAACAUGGCCAGCAAAUACUACCACGAACUAAAUAACAAGGAGCUGAGGAUAGUGCUGGUGGGGAAGACUGGAAAUGGGAAGAGUGCCACUGGAAACACCAUUCUGGGACGACAGUGCUUUGAAUCAAAGUUCAGUGCAAAGUCGAUGACUGUAGACUCUUCUAUGGGCAAAGCUGAGGUGGACGGACAACGUGUUGCUGUUAUCGACACCCCGGGCCUGUUCGACACCAGGUUUGGCAUGGAUAAAACAACUAAAGACAUCAGCCAGUGCAUCGUUUACACCGCUCCUGGACCCCAUGUGUUCCUGGUGGUCAUCAGGCUGGGCAGAUACACUGAAGAGGAAAAGCAGACAGUGCAAAAGAUUCAAGAAAUCUUUGGCCAGGCUGCAGACAGACACAGCAUGGUUCUCUUCACUCAUGGAGACCUUCUUGAAGACACAACUAUUGAGGACUUCUUGACGGAAUGCUCAGACCUGCAGGAACUCGUGUUCAGAUGUAAUGGCCAGUACCAUGUCUUCAAUAAUAAGCUGAAGGAUCGCCGCUCUCAGGUCACUGAGCUGCUCCAGAAGAUCAGAAAUUUAGUCCAGAAGAACGGAGGAAGCCACUACACCAACGAGAUGUUCCAAGAGGCCUGGAGGGCAAUCGAAGAGGAGAAACAACGCAUCCUGAAAGAGAAAGAAGAGCAAAUACGGGAAGAAAAAGAGGAAGUGGAGAGAAAACUACAAGAGAAAUAUGAAAAAGAGAUGAAGAAAAUGUAUGAACAACUCCAGGCUGAGAGAGAGAGGGAGAAAAGAAAGAGAGAGGAGGAGAGGAGGAGGGAGAAGGAGAGGGAGAGGUGGGAGAUGGAGAUGGAGAGGAGGAGGGAGAGGGAGGAAAGAGAAGCAGAACGGAAGAGAGAGGAACAGGAGAGAGAGAGACAGAUUGCAAAUAUGAGGAAACAGCGUGAAAGAGAACUGGAAGAGGAAAGAGAAAGGUUGAGAUGGGAAGCACAGCGGCAAGCUGAGAGGAAUGAUGAUGGCUGUACAAUUCUCUGACUUGGUUUUCAUGUAAGUCUUUGUAUUUGUGUGCUACUGUGCUGAAGUGAAGGAAACUAUUUUAGAUUUAUAAUAUAUAUUUACACCGAUCAGCCAUAACAUUAUGACCACCUGCCGAAUAGUGAGUAGGUCCCCCUUUUUCCACCAAAACAGCCCCGUCGACGCAUGGACUCCUCUAGACCUCUGAAGGUCUGCUGUGGUAUCUGGCACCAAGCCGUCAGUAGCAGAUCCUUUAAGUCCUGUAAGUUGCGAGGUGGGGCCUCGGGUCUGACCCUGUCGCCG